GGAAUUGGGCUGGCCUGCACCGCCCCGGGCUCCCAUUGGCUGGUAGGGCCGCCAGUCAUUCUAUUCCGGCACCUCCCUUGGGCGCCCGGGACAGCCGAGCGUUACCUGGUCCCAGGCAGCGGAGUUCUUUACCCACCCCAGUUCUGGUUCUGACGCCCUAGCUCAUUCCGCAAAUUUAGGGUUUGGGUCUCGGCUUGUUCCCCUCCCGCUUGAACCACCUCUUCUCUGAGCCGAGCCAGCUACCGGGGCUCCUGGAAUUGCCACCCCUCCGUGGGCACCCUUGAGGCCUCCGUGGGGGGACGUCACGGGGCAGAGCGGGACGUGAGCCUGAGUUUGCUGCAGGCGUGCUCUGUGUGGUGGCUGGGUUCUGCCAAUCCCCGUGCCCACUGGGUGGGCGCGGCCGGGAAGCUCCUGCCCCUCCCUGCUGGUCGGCGUCACGCGUGACGUCCCGCGUGAUGGCUGGGAGGGCCCGGCGGCGACAGCGGAGGCAGAGAGGAAGGCGGUUCUGAGAGCUUCAGAGAGCUAUGGAAAGCAAAAUGGGUGAAUUGCCUUUAGACAUCAACAUCCAGGAACCUCGCUGGGACCAAAGUACUUUCCUGGGCAGAGCCAGGCACUUUUUCACUGUUACUGAUCCUCGAAAUCUGCUGCUGUCUGGGGCACAGCUGGAAGCUUCUCGGAACAUCGUGCAGAACUACAGGGCCGGCGUGGUGACCCCAGGGAUCACCGAGGACGAGCUGUGGAGGGCCAAGUAUGUGUAUGACUCCGCCUUCCAUCCGGACACAGGGGAGAAGGUGGUCCUGAUUGGCCGCAUGUCAGCCCAGGUGCCCAUGAACAUGACCAUCACUGGCUGCAUGCUCACAUUCUACAGGAAGACCCCAACCGUGGUGUUCUGGCAGUGGGUGAAUCAGUCCUUCAAUGCCAUUGUUAACUACUCCAACCGCAGUGGUGACACUCCCAUCACUGUGAGGCAGCUGGGGACAGCCUAUGUGAGUGCCACCACUGGAGCUGUGGCCACGGCCCUGGGACUCAAAUCCCUCACCAAGCACCUGCCCCCCUUGGUCGGCAGAUUUGUGCCCUUUGCAGCAGUGGCAGCUGCCAACUGCAUCAACAUCCCCCUGAUGAGGCAGAGAGAGCUGCAGGUGGGCAUCCCGGUGGCUGACGAGGCAGGUCAGAGGCUUGGCUACUCGGUGACUGCAGCCAAGCAGGGAAUCUUCCAGGUGGUGAUUUCAAGAAUCUGCAUGGCGAUUCCUGCCAUGGCCAUCCCCCCACUGAUCAUGGACACUCUGGAGAAGAAAGACUUCCUGAAGCGCCGCCCCUGGCUGGGGGCACCCCUGCAGGUGGGACUGGUGGGCUUCUGCCUGGUAUUUGCAACCCCCCUGUGCUGUGCCCUAUUCCCCCAGAAGAGCUCCAUACACAUGAGCAAGCUGGAACCAGAGCUGAGAGCUCAGAUCCAUGAGCAAAACCCCAGCGUUGAAGUGGUCUACUACAACAAGGGGCUUUGAGGAGGGUCAGCCUCUGUCCCCUCCCUCACUUCCUUGGGCUGCUGCUUUAGUGGAGUCAUGUCACCCCUACCACUUGGCUAUCUGCCUAGCACUGGGCAGGGGCCUUGGUGGGCAGAUGGCAAUUGAGGGUAGCAACCUAUUAGGGUGGGGGAGGUACCUCCAUAAGGUUUUUCCUCCCUUCUCUGGUUUCAAAGAUCAGAGCACAUAACCCCUCCUGUGCUUGAGUGUCCAUGCAUAUACAUACAUGAUACACAUGUGUAUGUGUACAUUGGGUCCUGAAAGCUAGAAGCAGGCAUGCUAGCCUAGUAUGUUCUCACAUCUGGCUUCCCUUCUCAGCCUCAUGUCCACCUGCGUGCCAGCUAGGCUACAGGUGGGACUUCCUUCUCUAAACUGUUACACCAGCCAAGUUAUUUUUGAUGGCACCUCAUCCCUUCUAGACAUAGGAGGAGCCCCAGGAUCUCAGGACAGAGACUUAUAGACACUAGUAGGACAAAGCAGGCUGAAUCCUUCAGGUUUCUGAUACCUAGCUCCCCAAGCUGACUGGGCUGGCAGAGGAGAACAUGCUGGGACAAGGGAGGCAGGGGACUUAUGCAUCCCUCAGUGCCAUCCCUUGUAUCCUGGAAUAGCUCCAUUUCCCCUCCUCCUCUCUACCAGACAAAGGAGUGCCUGUGUCCUGUACUGCCCUCGCUAUCUCCCCCACCACCCUACUCGACAGCGUGGGCAUCUUCAGGCACAGCCUUGGGAGUUCCUGGUGUGCUCUGACAUCAUGACCUCAAAUCUAAAUCCUCCAAUCCCAACUCCCUUUCCCAAACAAAAAGCCACAGAGGCAGAGCAAGCAUUCCCCUUUAAGAGCUUCCACUGCACCCCCUCCCAAGGGACACAGCUGUAGGAAUGGUGCUUAAACUCCACAGGUAUCAGACAGGGUGUAACUAGGACAUCCUCAAGGGCAGCUAGGCCCCGAAUGUACAAUGUUAAGACAGGGAAUUUUGUGUUCCAUUGACUUUUUUUUUUUUUUUUUUUUUGAUGGAGUUUCACUAUUUUGCCCAGGCUGGAGUGCAAUGGUGCGAUCUUGGCUCACUGCAACCUCUGCCUCCUGGGUUCAAGUGAUUCUCUUGCCUGAGUCUCCCGAGUAGUGGAAAUUACAGGUGUGUGCUACCACAUCUUGCUAGUUUUGUAUUUUUAGCAGAUAUGGGGUUUCACCAUGUUGGCCAGGCUAGUCUCGAACUCCUGACCUCAGGUGAUCCACCUGCCUUGGCCUCCCAAAGCGCUGGGAUUACAGGCAUGAGCCACCGCGCCCAGCCUGUUCCACUGACAUUUCUUAGACAUUCAGCAAAACCCCCACCUUAACCUCUUUUCUUUCUUGAGGGUUGGUCCUGUCCCCACCUCCACCCUCCCACCCCCUGGAAGAGGAAGGGCCCGGGCAUCAGUGGCUAGUCCAGAUAAAAUAUGGGCUUGGGGAUGGAAUGGGUGGUAGUAAGUUCACAGAGUGUAGUUAGAUCCCAACUCCCAUGACCUCUGGCUUCAGUGGUGGGUGGGGCAGGGCAGAUGAAAGGGCUUCAGUGGGAACCUCUGAGAGCAUUUUCCUGUUCCCCCUAUCAACCGCCCCCAGUGAUAACAUCUGUGAAGCCAGCCAUUACUCAAUAAACUGCAAACUUGUCUA